AUGGUGCUCACUGCAGCUGAAAAAAUGCGCCGUUAUCGCCAAAAAAUUAAAGAUAAUCCCCAAAAAUAUGAACAACAGAAGAAAAAAGACCUACAACGCAUAAAAACUAAAAGAAAGAAAAUAUCACAACUCGAUGAUGCCGAUAAAGAUAAAAUAAGAAAACAAUGGCGAGAUCAAAAAAAGAGGCAAAGAAAAAAUAAAAAAAUAAACAAAAGUAAUGAGAACCAAGAUAAAGACAACGAAAACAUUGAUAGGGAUGGAGUAUCAUUCAGGGAAAAUUCGCUCAGCAGAAAAAGUCGAGAGUCAGAUUCGAGUUUAAAGUCAAAAUUGAAAUACAUGAAAAAAAAAGUGUUACAUAUUAUUAAAAAAAAAUUGAACAAUCUCAAAAAAACGAACAAUCACUGCAAAGAAUAA